AUGUACCGUCAACUAUUCAUGCACCCUCCUCCAAUCGGACCACAUGUCAAACUUGACGGACAAACGGCCAUUAUCACCGGCUCAAACACUGGCCUAGGAUUCGAAGCAGCACGACAACUCCUACAGCUAGGCCUCUCUCGGGUCAUUCUGGCUGUACGAUCCCAAGCUAAAGGCGACAUGGCAGCCGGAACCCUCCGCAGUGAAUUUCCAAACACUCAAAUCGAAGUAUGGAUUCUGGACAUGGACAAUCCCGAGUCAGUCUCGGCAUUCGUCGCUAGAUGCGAGACACUAGGCAGAAUUGACAUGGCCAUUCUCAACGCCGGCGUGCAGAACAAGGACUACGUUGUCUCGGCAAAGACCGGAAAGGAACAGACCUUCCAAGUCAACUACCUCUCCACCAUCAUGCUAGCCGUGCUUCUCCUGCCGCUAUUGAAAGCAAAAGGAGGCAUAGCUGGAGAGCCGGCUAGGCUAACGGUAGUCACGUCGACAGCUGCAUACUUUGCCGAUUUCGAUCACCGGAAACCCAUUUUACCGCAGUUUGACGAAACGUAUGACUUUACCAAGUGGUAUGCACGCGAGAAGUUGCUGCAGAUGGUUGUUGUGAGAAGAUUGGCAGCACUGGUCAGCCCCGAUGAGGUGAUUGUCAACACAGUUUGUCCGGGGCUGGUUGGGGAUACCGAAAUUUGGCGUACCCUGAAUACAAAUGCUGUAUUAAGAUAUGUGUGCUCAGCUUACUUUGCUUUAUUUGGUAGAAGCGUGGCGGACGGUGCCAGCACAUACAUUCAUGCAGUGGUGGCUGCACGUUGUGAAAGCCAUGGAGGCUUCUUGAGCGAUUGGGGAGUCCGCCCAUAUCCGGUUGUGAUGUAUACAAAGCGUGGGCAGAAUUUGGAGGAGAAAGUCUUGAGCGAAACGAGAGAGAUGUUGAAAUCCGGGAAUGUCUCAAGCGCAUUAAUGCAGAAUCUGUAG